AUGAAGACUAGUGACGUUGCGCAGCAAGUGAUCUUGUUGCAAGCUCAGCUUUGCGGGGACCUCUUGAUGACAGCUGGGCUAACAAACAUUGAUACCAAACACCUGGCCCUAGCCUCGCAGUCGCUGUCCUUCUUCAUUACUCUGAUACCCUACGUGCGCGAGUGUGUUCGUCGGCGACCGUCCAUAACAGUCCCCGGCAUGGCAGAGUAUGACCGGUUAAAGCGCAUAUUCCAAGACCAUCAGUCCGCUAUCCACGACAAGCUCAUCAACAUAAUGAGUUUUCGCGCCACCGUUUGCAUCAAAGAGAUGAAUAAGAUCAAAUGGGAUGACGAAGAUGAGGUGCAGAGGAACGUCAGUCUACACAUAGAGACGCUCACGAAAGAGGUGCUCACGCUACACCGAGUGCUGAGCAAGCACCUGCCCACGGUGACCGUGAGCAUGAUUGUCGGACAGGUCUUUACGAACUACAAGGAGCAAUGGAGUAAGGCUUUCGAGGGUGCGGCGAUACAGACCGAGGCCAGAAAAGCGAGGCUUCUGCGAGAUGCGGAGCUUCUUGAAUCUAAGCUCGGCAAGAUUGACGGCGGACAAGUGCUCGGCGUGCACAUAAUUAAUAUUGUCAAGGCGAAAAGUACGAGCGAGAGCAGGCCC